AUGGCGCCGAUGCGACGGUGGAGUCUGCUGCCGCUUCUGGUCUGCUGUCUGGCGGGCCUGGGGCGGGCUGAGCUGACCCAGACCGGGAGGAACCGGACCCGACGUCAGGCGCCGGACAGCGGAAGACGACCGGCCUCCAACACCUACUACAGUGGUCCAUCCGGCGGCCUGAACGCCUACGACUUGUGGGACGAUGAGGAGCAUUACACCAUCACGGAGGACCGGCUGCGCGAGAUCCGGUCCGACAUGAUGUACCCCUUCAAGUAUCCGAACGACUACCAGAGGGACAUCAACGACCUGACGCCGCAAAUCGACAAGAAGCUCAACUUCCGGUUUCCCUACUACGGCUUUCUCUUCAACUACACCUGGGUAUCUCUGCACGGCUUCCUGGGCUUCUCGGUGCCGACCUCGGAGCCGCAGACGUACCCGCUGACGUUCCCGCAGCCGGACUGGCCGGUAAAGAACGACCCCUCCUUCAUCGGGCCCUUCUACAGCAAGUGUGUGAUGGGCGAGAUGGGCGGAGAGGAGACCGACACGCGACGCCCCGGCGUCUACUACAGGAUCGAGCGCGACCUGUACGAGCGGUACGACCAGUUCGGCGUGGAGCUGCGCGAGCGCGCCAAGUGGGACAUCCGAGAGGGCAUCGUGGGAGCCGAGGCGUUCACCCCCAAGCACAUCAUCAUCACCACCUGGAAGAACAUCUCGUUUAACGGCGGCAACGCAAACUCCCGCGCCAGGCGCGUGACGAACACGCUCCAGCUGUUGGUGGUGACAGACGAGGUGCGGUCGUACGCGAUCUUCAACUACCUGCACAUGGGCUGGACGACGCACACGGAAGCGGGCGGUGACAUCAACGAGGGACAGGGCGGCAUUCCGGCCUACGUGGGCUUCAACGCUGGCAACGGCACCAGCGCGUACCCGUACAAGCCCUACUCUCAGACCAUGUACAUCCGAGACCUCAUCUCAACCGGCAUGGCCAACGGCUUCCCGGGCCGCCACGUCUUCCGCAUCGACGAGAAGAUCAUGGCCGGCAACUGCCGUCACGAGCUCUACGGCUCCAACCUACCGCUGGUGUUCGCCCCGGAGCAGGGCAACAUGCUGGGCGGCAGCCUGGUCAACAUCUCGGGCCCCUGCUUCGGGCCCAACACCCUGGUCAAGUGCCGCUUCUACGACCGCGAGGUGGAGGGUGUGGUGCGCGACACCAACACGGCCUUCUGCGUGCAGCCGCGCCUCUUCGCCACCGGCUACGUGGACAUCGCCGUCUCACUCGACGGCGGACCCUACUACUGGAAGGGGCAGUACUACGUCGAGACGCCUCUGACGGCGCCUGAGGGCGUCAUGUUCGCCAACGACGACUACCAGCUGGCGGAGCCGGGAGCGCUGCGCCUUCAGUGGCUCUGGCACAACCUGACCAUGGACCAGAGCGCGCACGUCACCGUCAGCCUCUAUGGCUACCGCGAGACGACUAACACGCCCGAGCUGGUCUUUAUUGACACGAUAUUGGAGACCAACAACAGGGGCGUGAAGGACAUCGCUACCUCCGAUUACAUGGGCAAUGACAAUUGGGACUACCUAGACAUCGAAGUGGGCCUGCUGCAGAUUAAUCUGACCAGCCCAGGCACCUACCUAUCAGGCCUCAAGAGCUCUCCUACUCUGUGGAGCCGGCCGAUCCCGCUGGCCUGGUACUUCGGGCCGCAGUGGAGCCGAGUGUACGGCACGGAGUGGGCCUCCCGCGUCUGUAACCGCUGGAUCGAGAACGACCGCAACCUGAAGCACUUCGCCGGCGAGGUGAUCCGCUGCCCGUGCCGUAUCGAGCAGGCCGUGGCCAACAAGGGCCUGUACGUGCCGGACUUCUCCUGCGACCGGGACGGCAACACGGCCUGCAACGAGCACAAGGGCGCCAUCCACUGCGUCCGCGCCGGCAUGGUCAAUGCCGACGGUGCCGGCCAGCAAUGUUGCUACGACAUCGACGGCUACCUGAUGAUGACCUCGGAUAGCAUGUGGGGCGGCAACCCGCACCGCGCCCACAACCUUGGCAUGAGGCCCUUCUACGAAGCCAAUAAGAUGCCGUCGCUGUCGCACUGGUACCACGACGUGGCGCCCUUCUACUCGUGCUGCCGCUGGCAGGGCGAACAGAGCCAAGGCUGCAUCACGUACCGCUUCGAACGGCGAGCAUCGCAGGAUUGCGUCGGCUACCAGCCGCCGUCUGCCGCCACGGUGUUCGGGGACCCGCACAUAUACACCUUCGACGACACCCAGUACACGUUCAACGGCAAGGGCGAAUACGUGCUGACGCGCGUUAACACCAACCGCAACCAGCUGGACGUGCAGGGGCGGUUCGAGGAGGUGCCCGAUAAUGAACGCGGCGCCGUGCUGGCCACCCAGCUGACGGCUAUCGCAGCUCGGGACAACUUCUCUACGACGGUGGAAAUUCGUUUGCGUCCGACUGAAGCACAGUGGAGGUACAAGCUGAACGUGCUCGUCAACAACAAGUACCUCUACUUCGAUCGGUACCCGGAAAAGAUGCAAAUUUUCAGAGGCAUGCUGGUGUACGUGCCGACCUACAUCCACAACCAGUCGCAGGUGAUCGUGCUGUUCCAGUCGGGCGCCGGCGUGGAGGUGCUGGAGAACCAGGGCCAGAUGGCUGCCCGGCUCUACCUGCCGCUCUCCUUCAUGAACCAAACGAAAGGUCUGUUUGGAAACUGGUCCAACGAUCCAUCGGACGACUUUGUGAUGCCGGACGGCUCCACGAUAUCCUUCGAUGUCAACAACAUGGAGCGCCUGUAUCAAGACUUCGGUCUCAAGUGGUUGCUGGAUGAUAAGGAAGACCCGUACAAAGGCGGCUCGCUGUUUUUCCAUGAGAACGGCAGGUCAUCCAGCAACUACUACGACCCCGGAUUCCUGCCCGUGUUUGACAAGAUUCCGGACAUACCCGACAACAGCACACUGACGGCCGAUGAGGUGAAGCGGGUGUGCGGCGGCUCCUACCAGUGCGCCUACGACUUCAUCAUGUCCGAGAGGCGCGACGUGGCCGUCUUCUCCAAGUUCUAUCAGGACGACUUCGUCAACACCAAGUCAAUCGGCCUGCAGACCAUCACCUCGUGCGGCGCGCUACCGACGCCGCAGAACGGCCGCAAGAACACGUUCGCCUUCACGCCCGGCACCAUGGUGAAGUUCGAGUGUGACCCGGGCUACAUUCUGGUGGGCGAGGCGCGACGCUGGUGCUACGCCUCGGGCGACUGGAGCUGGCCCGAGGACGGCGAGGUCAGCUGUAUCAGCGAGUCGCAGUACAAGACGAUGUACGUCGGCAUCCAGACGGGCAUCGUGUUCAGCCUGCUGAUCCCGAUCGUGGCGGCGCUUUGCUGCUUCGGUUGCCACGUGAAGAAUCAGGCCGACGAAAUAGAGCGCGAACAGCUGGUCACCAACACCGGGUACAUGCCCCGCGGCUCCAGCAGCCACAGCGGCGGUACGCGCAGCUCCUCGUCCAUGCCACUGAGGAGCGUAGCCUCCAGCGGCCAGCAGCGGCCCUUCGGCGCGCCCGACAUGGAGUCAUCGCCGCGCGCUGAGCGUCACACCCCCUCCCCGCUAACCACGCGCCACGAGUCGUCCCACUGAUGCGCGAGGAGGCCCGCUGGAGAGAAAAGCGGCCGCAAGGGCGGCUCGGUAGGGAGAGAGGCCGCCCCCUUGGGAGCGACGCGGCCCGUUAAAGAGAGGGCCCGCUGGGGCUCGAGCUAUUCGCCCCAGCAGUGAGGCGUCCCACAUAGACAUGAGUUGUGCUGCCGAGUCGGCAGUCUUUGGAUCAAACUCACGGUGCCUGUCCGUCCGGCGACACUGCGGACGCGCGACGCGAACGCUCCUCAGCUAUGCGCGCAUCUUGCCCCGAUGCGAUUGGGGAAUGUUGGUGGUCAGGUCAUUGAGGAGCGACUGGAGAUGUUUGUUUUACGACUAAGACUAAGAGUGGACUGUAAUUGUCGAGUUGGCUUUCUUGUGUAGAGCUUCUUGGCAGGAGAGUACGCAUCGUGUUAUGAAAAAAGCAAAGCACUUACGCUCUUCUAAAUCACAUGGAACAAACUUGCCAUUCGAAAAUAUGUCGCUUUUACCGAGGCGUCGAUAAAAAUGGCAGGUCGAUGCACUGCUUUCUUCUGGCUGAAACGUCUUGGUCGAUUAUCGCGAGCAUCCUCCCGCGCCAUGAUUUAAGAAUGUGUAGUUUCGUAGUUUUGUUUUAUGAACCUAGACCCUGUCAACGCAUUUGGGAGUGCCGAGUCUAACUCUAGCAACCAUCUUGUCCGAAUAGUCUGUGGCCGAGUUCCCGUACUCUUGUCUGCACGUGUCAUUCAUUUUUUCUACUUUAUAUGGACGCCUACCCGUAACUGCUGGUGCUCACGUUUUGUAUUCGUGCGUGAAGUGCGGCGAUGGGGAUCUAGUCACCUGGCUCCCAACGCGCGGUGUCACCACCACCGCCUGGGAACCAUGUAAUCUUUGGAGCCAUUUGAAAGCAACUGCGUAUGCUCGCGACGCGCAAUGUUAAGGUCUAAUCAGUCAAAUCCUGGAUGGAAGUUAGUGUUACUGAAUGUCAGCGUAACCGACAGAGAUUUUUGCGUCAACUGAGUGCAGUGCUGUGCGAGUGUCAAAAAACAGCCUGAAGCUGUUCGGAACAGCUGCUGUUUCCGCGUGUUUCAUACGGCCAUGCCAGCCAGCUGUGCAGCUACCCGAUGGUGCUAACACAGCUCACCAGUCUGGCCCAAGUCCUGAAUGCAUGUGCAUCCAUGCCUUUUGCUCUAUCCCUGUGUUUGAACGUGCGAGGUAAUCAGGGUGUUCAAUGUGUUUACUUCGGUAUCGUACGAUUGCCCUCUACCAGGCAUGUCUGCUACUGAGAAGAAGUCAUACAACAUAGGCGUUUUUAAUAAAGUUCAUUUCUGCUAA